AUGCGGCCCACAACGACCACACCGACAUGGACACGUUGGGGCAGAGCACAGCACCAUGCGGCCCACAACGACCACACCGGUAUGGACACGUUGGGGCAAAGCACAGCACCAUGCGGCCCACAACGGCCACACCGGUAUGGACACGUUGAGGCAGAGCACCAUGCGGCCCACAACGACCAAGCACAUAUUGACACGUUGAGGCAAAGCACAGCACCAUGCGGCCCACAACGACCACACCGGUAUGGACACGUUGAGGCAGAGCACCAUGCGGCCCACAACGACCAAGCACAUAUUGACACGUUGAGGCAGAGCAGAGCACCAUGCGGCCCACAACGACCAAGCACAUGUGGACACGUUGAGGCAAGGCAGAGCACCAUGCGGCCCACAACGACCACCCGGUAUGGACACGUUGAGGCAGAGCACAGCACCAUGCGGCCCACAACGGCCACCCGGUAUGGACACGUUGAGGCAGAGCACAGCACCAUGCGGCCCACAACGACCACACCGUAUGGACACGUUGAGGCAGAGCACAGCACCAUGCGGCCACAACGGCCACACCGGUAUGGACACGUUGAGGCAAAGCAGAGCACCAUGCGGCCCACAACGGCCACACCGCACCAUGCGGCCCACAACGGCCACACCGGUAUGGACACGAAGAGGCAGAGCACAGCACCAUGCGGCCCACAACGACCAAGCACAUAUGGACACGUUGAGGCAAAGCAGAGCACCAUGCGGCCCACAACGCCCACACCGUAUGGACGCGUUGGGGCAAAGCACAGCACCAUGCGGCCCACAACGGCCACCCGGUAUGGACACGUUGAGGCAGAGCACAGCACCAUGCGGCCCACAACGACCACACCGGUAUGGACACGUUGA